UCAGACAGUGCCCGCGUCCCCAGGCGCUUGACCCACCGGGUGCCGGCUCCCGCGCUCUGCAGCGGGCAAAUCCUUUGGAAUUUUCAACAUGAAUUUUACAGAGUCCAGCCCUCUGGCAGAAUCAACUGCAAUAGGUUUUACACCUGGGUUAGAAAGUCUCACACCUGUGCCUUCCAAUGAGACCACUUGUGAAAACUGGAGAGAGAUACAUCAUCUAGUUUUUCAUGUGGCAAAUAUUUGUUUUGCAGUUGGUUUGGUUAUUCCAACUACUCUUCACCUUCAUAUGAUAUUUCUUAGAGGGAUGUUAACUAUAGGUUGCACCCUUUAUAUCGUCUGGGCCACUCUCUACCGAUGUGCCUUGGAUAUAAUGAUCUGGAACUCUGUGUUCUUGGGUGUCAACAUUUUGCAUCUUUCAUAUCUUUUAUACAAGAAAAGACCGGUCAAGAUUGAAAGGGAACUCACUGGCAUCUACCGGCGAUUAUUUGAACCACUCCAUGUGCCUCCAGAUUUGUUCAGAAGAUUGACUGGACAGUUUUGCAUGAUCCAAACCUUGAAAAAGGGGCAGAUUUAUGCCGCAGAGGAUAAAACCUCAGUUGAUGACCGUCUGAGUAUUCUCCUGAAGGGAAAAAUGAAGGUCUCCUAUCGAGGACAUUUUCUGCAUAACAUUUACCCCUGUGCCUUUAUAGAUUCUCCUGAAUUUAGAUCAACUCAGAUGCACAAAGGUGAAAAAUUCCAGGUCACCAUUAUUGCAGAUGAUAACUGCAGAUUUUUAUGCUGGUCAAGAGAAAGAUUAACUUACUUUCUGGAAUCAGAGCCUUUCCUGUAUGAAAUAUUUAGAUAUCUUAUAGGAAAAGACAUUACAAAUAAGCUGUAUUCAUUGAAUGAUCCCACCAUAAAUGAUAAAAAGGCCAAAAAGUUAGAGCACCAGCUCAGCCUUUGCGCACAGAUCUCCAUGCUGGAAAUGAGGAACAGCAUAGCCAGCUCUAGCGACGGGGAAGACGGUUUACACCAGUUUCUGCGGGGCUCCUCCAGCUUGUCUUCUCUUCACGUGUCUUCCCCACAGCAUCGAUCUUCUACCAAGAUGAAGCCCAUAGAGGAAGGGGUGGAGGAUGAUGACGAGGUCUUUGAACCAGUGUCUCCAAACACAUUGAAAGUUCAUCAGCUGCCUUGAUCAGAAUUCAACUUACCCAGGUGGAAACUGUCCUGAAGAGAUCAUGAGAAAAUACCAGCACUUUUUCAUGGCUUUUAGAUUAUUCUACUUCACUGCACUAAAGCUGGCACAGUCUGAGGGCAGGAAAGUGAGAAAUGGUCAAAGAUAGAAAAGUCAUUUUUCCUGUCCUUUUUAUUCAUCAGCUUUUUUAAGUUUUAUUGAGCCUUCUGUACUAAACCUCAUUCUAUUUUGAGAUAGAUAUUUUCACAGUAUUUUCUAGAUACAGCAUAGUAUUGUUUUAACUGUUAAAAUCUUAGGGCUCCAGUGCAAAUGCUUUUUCACUUAUUUUUCCAAGUUGCAUCUUAUUUUCCUCAUGGAGAAUUUUUUUUUCUCUACCAUGGCAAUCUAAAAUAGGUUGUCCAUUUGAUAAUUUUAAUAAAUGAUAUAAGUUGAAAUUAAGGGUGAGGUCAUGUUAGAAAGCAGGGAAU